AUGGCCGACGAUUUGGCGUCACUGCAGCAACGGUUUGGCGUCUUCCAAGAUGAGGAAGAGAUGCGCAUGGACGUGGCGGCGCGCGUCGUUGCCCAGUCCUCGCGAGAAGCGCUCGAGGACGAGGAGCGGCUCAAGAAGAGCUGGCGCGAGCUGGAAAAGGCGGAGCACGCUGUGGGGAAGCUGCAACUAGAGUUGAGCGAGGCGCAGCUGGCGGCUGCACAGGAGUCGUCCGGGUUGCUGGGUGAUGCGCAGCGCAACAAGUCGUCCGGUCCGGCGACGCCGUCACCGCGGCGGGUGUCCGACAUUCGCUUCCAACUCAACGCUGCGGAACGCGAGCUCAAGCGCGCUGACGCGGCGGUGCAGAAGCUUCAAAAAGAGGUUGACCAACGCCAAGCUGCGCGGCUUGCAGAAGCGAAGCGGCUCGAGCAGGAGGACGAGGCAGAGCGCGCGGCAGCCGACGUCACAAGAGUCGUGCGUGCAAACAGCACCACCGGCCGACCUGUGCCUCUCGCGUCAUCGUCCUCCACUAUACCCCCACGCGCAAACACGAGCGUGAACGGGGGUGCGCUGGCGGGAGGCAGUCUUUCAGCAUCAUCGCCAACUGUUAUGACCACGACGCGCGUGCUGUAUCGAGCGCCGACUCACCUGAAGGGUAUCACGCAGAGCGACUACAGCGGUGGCGAAGUGCUGCCCUCGCUGAGUCGGGUGCAAGUGACGCGCGCGGACAUCCGCUCGAAGCAGCGCCGCUACCAGGAUGACUCGGAGAUGCAGCGCUACGUUGAGCGCGUCACCAAACGACAGCGACUGGAGGCAGUGGCAAAGGAGCAGCGUCGACUGGUUGCCCUGGGCACCGACGGUGACGCGCCUUCGCAGUCGUUGUCGUCCUCGAUCGAAAAGCUGGCCGAGACGCGCGUCAAGGCGGAAGGCGAGCAAGACGGCCAUGCGCAUCAGGUGAAGCAAGAGCCUGGCGGUGAUGACGUUGCCGGGGCACUCACGCCAGCAGCCGCAGCUGCAGCCAAGGCUCGAGCCGCAACAAAAGAGGCAGAGGGCGGCGAACGUACCCGUCGCCUCCCGAGGGCAGGGGUGAAGGUGGAGACAGAGGAAGAGGAAGGGGCGCACGACGUGAUUGACGUGGACGCACUCAUGGAGGCCGACGACGACGCGGCAGUCGCGGCGGUGGUGAGUCGGGCCUCCACCCAGCUCACUGGCGGCUAUACUCAACGUAGCGGAAAGGCCACGCCAUCUACAUCGCUGAGCUCGCAGCAGCAACAGCAGCAGCGGGAGCGCGCCGGCUCAGCAUCGUCGACGACCGUCUCGGCGAGCGAGGAAGUUGUAUGGGAGAUGGAGGAGGCGACGCUGCUGCCCGGUGUGCGCAUGGAUGCCGCCAUCUACAACCGCCUACUCGAUUACCAGCAAGAGGGACUACUGUGGCUCCUCACUCUGCACUCCCGCCGCACGGGCGGUAUCCUCGGCGAUGAGAUGGGCCUCGGCAAGACGAUCCAGGUGGCAGUGAUGAUCAAUGCGCUGCAUCACUCCGGCAUGCUGCGCGGGCCGGUGCUGAUUGCGGCGCCGAUGACGGUGCUUCGUCAGUGGCUGGCGGAGCUGCACCGCUGGGCCCCCUACGUGCGCUCGUGCGUCAUGCACGAGAGCAGCGGCAGCGACACGACGCGUGACUCGCUGCUGCAGUCAGUUCAAGGCACGCCAGCCGUGGUCAUCACAACGUACGCGGCGAUGCGCGUGCACUGCGGUUUGCUGCAUCGCACGGGCUUCCAGUACGUUAUCCUCGACGAGGGGCACAAGAUUAGCAACCCGGAGGCUGGCGCGACGCUCGCCGCGAAGUCUUUCACGACGCCGCACCGCUUGAUCUUGAGCGGGAGCCCCAUCCAGAACUCGCUGAAGGAGCUGUGGUGUUUGUUUGAUUUUGUGCGCCCUGGCCUUCUCGGCACGAUGAGUCGCUUCAUCGACGAAUUCGAGACGCCGAUCGCGCAGAGCCGCAACGCGCGCGCGAGCCCGCUGUCGCUGGCAACCGCCGUUGAGUGUGCAAAGGCACUGCAGGCACACAUCGCCCCGUACAUGCUUCGCCGGCUGAAGCGCCAGGUGAACACGUCUUUGCCGCCAAAGUACGAGCGCGUGCUGCGAGUGCCGCUUGCGGACAAGCAGCUCGACCAGUAUUUGCAGGUGCUGUCCUCGCCCGCGGUGCAGCGACUCUUUGCGCAGACAGCAAUGUUCGGCUCGCGCAACGGUGGCCUCGACCGCGACGGGCGCGAUAGCACUGGCUCCCUGCACGUGGCAGGGCUGCGGGCAAACAUGGCGUCUCGCCGCCACAGCAGCGGCGUGCGGCUGGAGUCGUUCCGCCUCAUGAAUCAACUGCGGCAAAUCUGCAACCACGCCGACAUCUACGCUGUGCAACAAGGCGCAGACGAGGAGGACCGUAUGAUGCUUGCUCGUCGUGGCGCGGCGGCGAAGCUGUCUGCUAUUUCGGCGACACGACCUGGUCAGCACCGCUCCUUCCGCAGCAACAACCCCGUCGACCUCCUCGGCAGCGGGAAGCUGAACGCGCUGCUCAUGAUGCUGAAGGAGUGGCAGUCGUUCGGCCACCGCGUCCUCGUCUUCUCGCAGACCCGCAUAAUGCUCGAUAUUAUCGAGAACAUGUGCGAGCAGCAAGCCUACAGCUACAUUCGCAUGGAUGGCGCGACGAACAGCCAUUAUCGGCAGGAGCUGAUGGACCGCUUCAAUGAAGACGACUCCAUUUUUGUCGCCUUGCUGACGACGCGUGUCGGCGGCAUCGGCGUCAACCUCAUCGGCGCCGACCGCGUCGUCAUCUAUGAUCCGGACUGGAACCCAAUCACGGACGUUCAGGCGCGUGAGAGGGCCUGGCGUAUUGGCCAGAAGCGAGAAGUGUGCGUCUACCGCCUCAUCACAAGUGGCAGCGUGGAGGAGUCGAUCCUGCGGCGGCAACUGGCGAAGAUGUACGUGACGGACAAGGUACUCAAGGAUCCGGAGCUGCAACGCUUCUUUGAUGUACAAGACGGCUUCAUGGAGAGCUUCCUACUCGGUUCCGAGUACGCAAACCGCGUGCCGGUGGAUAAGCGGUACUUACUGGCCGCGCACCACCUGAAUAGCGUCUCGGCCGGCAACCGCGACCGCGCGCGUGGUCGUGACAGACAUGCGGCACUGGGGGAGUAUGGCAAUGCAGUUCCUGGCGUCGACGAUGACGACGACACCGACACCGACAUGAGUGAAGGAAACAUGGGCGUCGCGGGAAGCAAGGAGGAACAGCCGAGAAAAGAGCGCGACUUUGGCAUGCUGGUUCCUCUUAAGAACGAGGACGGCAUCGACGAGGUCGGUGCUGACCCUGACGAUACGGGAGGCGCGGAGGAGGACGGCAGUCCAGUCGGUAUCCCUGGAAUGGGCGACAGAAAUAAGAAGACGAGCAAGGGCAAGGAGGUGUGGCGUGAGACACAGAUGCUGCAGAAACUGGUGGAUUGCCAGGACGUCUCUGUGGCUGGGCACGACCGCGUUGCGCACCACCUGGCACGCAAGAAGGCCGAAGACAUGAUGCGCCGCGUGUCCUCCUCGGCGCUCACGACGGAGGCGAUGCGAGAGCAGCAACGCCAGUAUAGCCUGCUGCAAGCGAUUGGGGAGAAGAAGGCGAAGGAUGCGGCAGACCGAGAGGAGAAGGCGCGUUACUAUCGUGAAGAGAUAGCAGCAGCAGCAGCAGCAGCAGCAGCGGCGUCGCAGAAGCGUCGGCAUGAGUAG